AGAAGAAGAAGAAGAAGACGAAGACGAGAAAGAAGAAGAAUGUAGACGUGUCCUGAGUGAAGUGACAGUAGCAGAUAUGGCUACAGAGCCCGGCAUCAAUAUGGAGGCGAAAAUAGACGCGAGAGAAAAUCCUUUUGAACCUUAUUUAGACGCUUUAAAGAAGGUGUUAGAAGACCAAGACCCCAUAUUUAUGAUCGGAAUUGUUGUUUCUUUGGCUGUUGUUGUCAUCACUGUUGUGUUGUUGAAGUACUUGCUAAGCAGAAAAACUGUCCAAAGUGCUGUGCUGCUGGUUGGUCUCUGCGAUUCUGGAAAGACCCUCCUCUUUAGUCGAUUGUUGUCAGGAAAGUUCAAGAAAACCCAGACCUCCACCACGGACAGCAGUGCCCCUUACAAAGCCAAGAACGAGAGGGGCAGCAGCUGGAUCCUGAUCGACCUACCUGGACAUGACAGCCUUCGGCCUCAGUAUGUGGAGAAAUUCAAGUCAGCUGCCAGAGCCAUGGUGUUUGUGGUGGACAGUGCCAUCUUCCAGAAGGAAGUGAGAGACGUGGCUGAGUUCCUGUACUUCCUGUUGACUGACAGUGUAGUGUCCAGGAAUGCCCCCUCUCUGAUAGUGGCCUGCAACAAGCAAGAUAUCACCAUGGCAAAAUCUGCUAAGCUGAUUCGUCAGCAGCUGGAGAAAGAGAUGAACACACUGAGAGUGACACGGUCUGCGGCUCUGAGCGCCCAGGACGGGUCAGCGGUGGCCAGCGUGCACCUGGGGAAGAAAGGCAAGGACUUUGAGUUCAGCCAGCUGCCCAUGAAGGUGGAGUUCCUGGAGUGCAGCGCCCGAGGCAGCAAGGGGGAGGACGCGGAGGCGGACAUCGCCAGCCUCGAGAAGAGCCUGGCCCUGCUGUGAGAUGACUUAGUCACUACUUUGGCCAAGAGCCAUUUAGUUCCCAUAGGUCACUACUUUGGCCAAGAGCUCUUGAGUGGGGUGCAUUAUGGGGAAUUAGUCUAAGGUCUCUCAGCAUAUCAGGUAUCUUCGUCGGUCCUCAGAACUCCAGACUCGACACAACUACACUAUGGAAGUGAGUUGUUGUGUUGACAUCACAAGGUCAGCAGUGGUACUUGUUGUAGUGAAUGCUAAUAGCAGGUGUUACUUAAGUGUCUAGGAAACGACCCGUCCUUUUCAUAGUGGAUAGUCUCACCCACUGCUUUUUAACAAUGUCAACAUCAAUUUCUACUAUUUGUUUUUUUUCCCCCCCUGAGCAUUUGAAUAAUCCAUCAAUCAUGAUAUCCUGUGAAUGUGAUGAGAUAUUUCACUAAACCCACAUCAGACGACCUAUCGGAUUUCUCCAUUUAGAUUCUGGCAGUUUGUUUUUCAAAAUCAGAUUUGGGUUCCUUUUUGGAAUGGGUUAGCUGAAUGUUCCAUCAGUUUGUAUUGUGGUCCAGUGCAUUCUGUAGUUCCAACACCUUUAUUUUUUUUUGAGGGGGAAGUUGACCAUGAAUCUGUAUCAUUGUUAGCCAAAUAGGAAUGUUUAUUAUUAUUUUUUUUUUGUCUUAUUCAGCUUGUAAAUAAAUUGUUUUUGUGGUUUA